UAAUAAGAGGGCACCUGACCAUACCCCCCAGCAUUUAAUAAUCUAAUUGCCUCCUAGUUAUGUAUGUGCCCUGCCUCCCUGGGAAUCUUUCAUGCAUCCAUCAUUCCACUUCCCCGUGCACUACCCUAGCCUGCUCCAUUUUCAUGACCUCUGAUAUAGUCGACAAACACUAUCGCCUGCCCAUUUUCCUUGAUUCCUGAUGGACCUCUCGUCUUCGCCUCUAUACAUCUAGAAACGAAAUUCACUAAUAAAACUGCUAUUAGCGAGCUGCCUCUAACAGAGUGGUGUAGCCAAGAUGGCGUCGUCAAUGACUGCUACUCCUGAUACCAUGAUUACACUCAAGGUGAACUUCGAUGGUGCGACACGUCGGUUCAAGUUGCCGCUUCGCGAGCUUGUCGUACACAACCUGGAGGAUAAACUACGAUCUUUCCUCCAUAUCCCUGUUGGAGCAGUGACAACAUUCGAGCGAUAUUCCGACUCCGCUGCCUCUUUCGUUGUCCUUGACCCGGCCAAUAUAUCUGCGUACAAGCAACUUUACCGGGCUGCUAAGGCUAAGCAAAAAUUAAAGCUGCGAGUUACCACACAAACCAGACCAGAACCUGAAACCAAGUCUACAAGGGAUGUGGUCCCAAAGCCCGCGACUGUCGAAGAUGAAAUCGAGUCCGAGUCUAAGGAAACGGUCGAGCUAACCUCCCGUGUCUCGUCGCCAACCACCCAAUCUAUAGCCCCGGAGGCUGAUGAGACCCAGGCAGGCAUUCUAAAUACCGUUCCUGUUUCCGAGAUCCACUCAAACUUGCCCAACUUCAUUCAUCUAUGGCGUAUCCAUGGAAUGCCUAAAAUCCACCUACGAAAAGACGCCGAGGGUACGGAAGUAGUGGAUCUGAUUAGCUCCGCCUCUCCGGCUGUUCCCGCUAUCUCACUCGAUCCUCACAUUGGGGCGGCCUCGAUCCCUGGCGCGACUAACCGGUGCCCUUUUGCGAGAUCUACAUCUAUGUCGCUUGGCACCGAUUCUAAGGAGGCAUGUGGAACAGAGCAGACCCAAGCACCUGUUUUUUCCAAAGGCGCCACAGCUCCGCCCGCCCGCGAUGAGCUAAAAUCCCCUCAGACCGAAGAGGAAGAGGACACGAAGGCGGAUGACGAAUCCCUACACUUCUUCGGUGCCCCCAAUCGUCCAUUUACCGUGUGCUGUAACAGUUGUGAUAAGGCUGUCCCCGAUGCUCAUUUCCAUUGUGCCACGUGCGACGAUGGUGACUUUGAUCUCUGCGAAGACUGCAUCAAUCGUGGUAUAACCUGCUAUGGCGAUGGCCACUGGCUCAUAAAGCGAACCAUCAAGGACGGACAGAUCAAUUACAGCACAACCCACAUUGCUCCGAAGGCGAACCGACCCCAGCCAGAUAAGGAGCCCUUUACCACUUCGGUGAAGCUUCCUAUCAGAACUGCCGAGACCGCACACUGGGCACCGGCUGUGCCUUCUCCAGUCUUGACACCAAGCUACACUGCGCGAACAUGCAACUGUUGUGUUCAGGAUUUCCCUGACAAGGAAUUCCUCCACUGCACGACGUGUGAAGAUUAUGAUCUCUGCAAAAGCUGCUUCGCCAAGGACAAGCAUGGUCAUCAUCCCAAACAUGGCUUCACCCCUGUUGUGAAGGGUACAGUUUUCGAGCCUUCGAUCUCUUCUCGUCUAUCCCCCGGGCGAGAUGCUAAUCACAAUGCCAUUUGCGAUGGAUGCGACCAGUUCAUCCGCGGUGUUCGACACAAGUGCCUCGACUGUCCCGAUUGGGAUUACUGUUCGGAAUGUGUGCAGAAUGCCGAUUUCGUCCACGCAAAUCACCGUUUCGUGGCUAUCUACGAGCCGCUACCCGAUCGUACUAUACGACCCGCUUCCUGUCUCUCACACUAUGGCAUCUGCUGUGAUGGACCACUUUGCACCUCCUCCGCCUCCCGGGGCGGUUUCAAGUACAUUGUUGGCGUGCGUUAUAAGUGCGCUGUCUGUCAUGAUACUGACUUCUGUGCCGACUGCGAGGCCAGCCCAUCCAACAACCACAAUAAGACGCAUCCCUUGAUCAAGUUCAAGACGCCGGUUCGCCACGUCAGUGUUACCACCACCGGCGAGCAUGAGAAUGGGUAUCCCCUCCCCACCAUGGGUGACCGUACCCCUCUGGAGCUCAACCAUACGGAGGCCGCCGCAGCGCCGCAGGAGAACAUAUCAGCCACCUCGGUGCAGACGGUAGUUGACGUUAAACCCAUAGAGCAGGAGGAGGAGAAGGAAGAGCAGCAGCCAUCUGAGCCGGAGAAGACCGAGGAGAUCGAGAUCAAGAAGGAAGAAGUAGUCGAUACUGAGGUGGCCACCUUGGUUGAGAAGCCGUCCGACCUGGUUGCCGUCUUCAAGCACGACACGGUUGCCGAUGGGACUAUUUUUCCUCCCAACCACACCUUCGAGCAGGUCUGGGUUCUCCGAAAUGAGGGUACGUCCCCGUGGCCGGCUGGGUGUUCGGUCAAGUUUGUGGGUGGCGAUUACAUGGGUGCUAUCGACCCUACCCACCCCGCCGGCAUCCACGAGCUAGUCUCAGCUUCGGAAUCGACCAUCUGCUACAAUGCGUUGAACCCGGGUCAGGAAUUCCCGUUCACUGUCUUGAUGCGUACUCCCGACCGAGAGGGUAAGGUGAUCUCGUACUGGCGACUAACGACCCCUGAUGGCAUCAAAUUCGGCCACAAACUCUGGUGUGACGUAACAGUCGAGGCGCCGAUCGCCAAGGCGGUCAAGGCACAGCCCCAACCCGAGGUCGAGGGAGCAGAGAACCUGGCGCCUGUCCCAGAGAUGACGGAAAGCCGAAUGAUCAUCCCCAAGCUAGAACACGAAUCCCCUUCGGCUAGCGUCCACGAGAAGUCCAGGGACUCAGAGUCGGACACGCUCGCACAGUCGAGCCAAGGCAAACAGGAAGAGGAGGAGGAUGACUUUGAGGAUUGCGGCGAAGACGAGGAGUGGGCCGAGUCCGAGGAUGGAUUCAUGACCGAUGAGGAAUACGACAUCCUCGACGCCUCAGACGAGGAAUACCUCUUGGAGCAGCGUUCGGCAUCAUCUCGGAAGUAAGGACGGCUCCGCAGGUUACCGGAUAAGCUGGGCAACUCGGGCGAAAGCAAACGGUUCGUGCCAGGGCUCCUCCGGGGUUUCAUAUGGUAGUGUUUAUUCUACGUGGGAU